CAGUCCCAAAAAAAAAACUUGAGUCAUGUUGGUGGAGUGGACCGGUCACAUGACUUUUAUGACAGACAUAAUUUUUGAUUGUUGAAUGCGACAACCUCAAGCGAUUGACCAUUUUAAACUAGCAAGCUGGACUUACGAAAUGGCAACAGCCUAUACUAGAUCAGCUAAAGUGAUGAGUGACACUGUAAAGCAUUUCACACAUGUUCGACAUAAAAGCUCAAGAGCCAGCCCAGCCUAUUUGGCAACUUCAAAUACGCCGUCUAGCAAGGGUAACGAUUCUCGCCGACUUUUGAUCAUCCUGGACUUGAAUGGAGCUCUCGUUUCAAAGACAGGAAAAAGUGGAAUGUGGGUACGCCCGCACUAUACCGAAUUCUUAGAAUAUCUUUUCAGUCAGUUUGAAGUCGGCGUCUGGAGCUCCGCACGGCAAAAUACAGUGAGCAAUAUGUGCCAACUCUUUGGUAAUUUCAAGAAACAAUUGUUAUUUACUUGGAGCCGCGAGAACUUUGGUUUAUCAGAAGAUGAUUAUCUCAAAAACAUACCGACAAUCAAAGAUCUUCAACUGGUUUGGAAAAGCUUAGAAGAUAAUCCAGAUAUGCCGUCGUAUACAGCGUACAAUACCAUACUCUUGGACGAUUCCUCCAGUAAAGCCGCCUUACAGCCUUUCAACAGCAUUGCAAUAUCGGAAUUUAACCACAAAAGCGCAGAGAAGCAGCUAACUGGCGAUAAUGAACUUCUCAAUGUUAUAGCAUACCUCGAAAAAGUCAAGUACGAAGAUAAUGUCAGUAAUUUCAUGAAGCGAAAUCCGUAUAAGAAAGAUCUCGCUUCGGACGAAACUACAGAAAGGGACUUUGAAAGUACUCAUUUUCGAUAUAGUGACGCGAAGCAGACGCUGGGGGAUUUACGCAAUACUGCUGGACUGACGAACGACGGAGUAAGUCGCAGGAGAACUCUUGAAAAAAAACGACCAGGCCAUAGGAAGUAUAGAAAAUCGAAACAGGCCUCAUCCAAGCCUGUAACCCCUCAAUCAUAGUGUACCAUCUCCUCUCAGAUCUGCAAUAUCAACUAGAAAUGUAAAAUAUGAGAAAGUCAUCAUAGCUCAAUAAUACUAUGCCACUUAACUGAUGAUUAAUAUCAAAUAUGUCACAGCAUCUUCUGAGUCGGAUGGAUAUAUACUAUUAUCCCGUAUUCGCUCUGAACAGCAGAUUAUACCCUUUACUGUAAGGCUUAUGCCAUCUGUUCAAUUUUAUCCCCACUUAUUCGGCCAUAUUGCAUUGUCCAAUUGAGCCCAUUGUCAUAUUGCACUUGACGGACGUGCUUAUAUUCGCCAUUCAUAAUCUAAAUGCGCUUGAC